AUGGCUACAAAACGAGCUCAAGCGGGUCUAAUGAAAGCUGCUCAAACUACUUUCGGCGACAAUGAACUGAAGAUGCACGUCUACAGAAAAUGUUUGCAAGCUUUGAUAUAUCCAAUUAGUUGUAUAACGCCGCAUAACUUUAUGACAACCAACUUUCAAAAACUAACUUUCUGUGCCGAGUGUGAAGGAUUACUAUGGGGGCUUGCUCGGCAAGGUUUGAAGUGUCGAGAGUGCUCAGUAAAGGUUCAUGAAAAAUGUCGAGACCUUAUAAGUGCCGACUGCCUUCAGCGAGCUGCGGAAAAAAGUUCAAAACAUGGCGAAGCUGAAAAAGCACAAGCCUUGAUGGGAGUUAUUAGAGAUCGUAUGAUUAUUCAAGAAAAUAAUAAGCCUGAAAUCUUCGAAAGAAUUCGGCUCAUUUUUGAAGUUAGUCCUGAUACGCACAUCGAUACAUUGAAGUUGGUUAAACAAAGUAUUUUGGAAGGCACAUCAAAGUGGAGCGCUAAAAUUGCUUUGACGGUAAUGUGUGCGCAGGGUUUGAUCGCCAAGGAUAAAACGGGUAAAAGUGAUCCAUAUGUAACAGCUCAAGUGGGGAAAGUACGUAAACGAACGAGAACUAUACAUCAAGAGUUAAAUCCUGUCUGGAACGAACAUGAAUGUCACAACUCAGCAGAUCGUAUAAAAAUUCGGGUAUGGGAUGAGGAUCACGAUCUGAAAAGUCGCUUACGGCAGAAACUUACUCGAGAAUCUGAUGAUUUUCUAGGCCAAGCAAUCAUCGAUGUAAGGACACUAUGCGGCGAGAUGGAUAUGUGGUAUAAUCUUGAAAAACGAACGGACAAAUCUGCAGUCAGUGGUGCCAUUCGGUUGCAUAUAAGCGUUGAAAUCAAGGGGGAGGAAAAAUUGGCACCGUACCACAUACAGUACACCUGCCUUCACGAACAUCUUUUUAAGAACCACUGUACUGACCAAGAGGAAGUACGACUUCCAGAUGCUAAAGGGACGGACAGUUGGAAGAUCUACUUUGAUGAUAUCGGUCAAGAAAUUGUAGAUGAGUUUGCUAUGCGUUAUGGUAUUGAAAGCAUAUACCAGGCUAUGACACAUUUCGCUUGCCUUUGUACUCGGUACACGUCUCCAGGUGUUCCUGCAGUAUUAUCUACCUUACUUGCAAAUAUUAAUGCUCAUUAUGCUCAUACCACUGCCACUUCUACUGUAUCAGCAUCUGAUCGAUUUAGUGCCUCAAAUUUUGGCAAAGAUCGCUUUGUUAAAUUAUUAGAUUCAUUGCAUAAUUCACUUAGAAUUGAUCUUUCUAUGUAUCGUAAAUAUUUUCCUGCUUCAUCGCGUGCAAAAUUAGCUGAUUUGAAAUCUACUGUCGAUCUGUUGACGUCAAUAACGUUUUUCCGGAUGAAGGUUUUGGAACUACCAAGUCCACCCCGUGCUUCUAAUGUUGUUUGUGAAUGCGCAAAAGCUUGCAUGCAGGCAACGUACCAGUUGAUGUUUGAAUCGUGCUGUGAACAAAUUGAUCCAAGUGACGUUAACGGGAUAAAGUUCUGGUAUGAGAUAAUGGAACUGAUGAUGCGGGUGAUUGAGGACGAUAAGAACAUUUAUGCUCCGGUGUUAAACCAAUUUCCGCAAGAGCUCAAUGUCGGGACACUUUCAGUGACAACACUUUGGCAACUCUACAAAACUGAUCUCAAAAGUGCUCUUGAAGGUUGGUAA